AUGGUAGUGAGACUAGACACUUCAGAAGUAUAUGUCACACAACUUGAGGGAUUUAUAAAGAAAGGGCAAGAAAAGAAGGUGUAUAAAUUGACAAAAGCCUUGUAUGGGCUACGUCUAGCUCCUAGGGCCUGGAAUGCACGAUUAGAUAAAUGUUUGAAGGAGCUGGGUUUUAAAAGGUGCUUGCAUGAGCAGGCUGUGUACACGAAGUCUGUAGGUGGGAAUGUGAUCAUAGUAGGAGUCUAUGUUGACGAUUUGUUGGUGACUGGGUCCGAUAAACGAAAAAUUGAGGAGUUCAAGUUGCAGAUGAACAAGAAAUUUGAGAUGAGCAAUUUAGGUCUGCUAUCGUUUUAUCUUGGUAUAGAAGUAAAUCAAGGAGGAAUGUUUACUACAUUGAAACAGUCUGCAUAUGCAAAGAAAUUGUUGGACAAGGCUGGGAUGUUGAACUGUAAUUCAUCGAAAUAUCCUAUGGAAUACAAACUUCAAUUAGACAAGGAUGAAGGAGGCAAGUUGGUAGAUGCUACUGAGUACAGGUGUGUUGUUGGGAGUCUGCGAUAUUUAACACAUACUAGACCGGACAUUUCGUAUUCUGUGGGUGUAGUAAGCAGAUUUAUGGACAAACCUACAGUAAAGCAUCAGCAAGUAGUAAAGCAUAUAUUGAGGUAUGUGAGAGGUACAAUUGACCAUGGUCUUGUGUAUGUAAAUGAGAAAAGUGGGAAGGUUCUAUCUGGGUUCUCAGAUAGUGAUCUGGCUGGGGAUGUUAUAGAUAGAAGAAGUACUGAUGGGAUAUGUUUUUACUUGAAUAAGAGUUUAAUCUCUUGGGCUUCAAAGAAACAGAGAGUAGUUGCGCUGUCAUCUUGCGAGGCAGAGUACAUGGCGGCUACAACAGCCGCGUGCCAAAGCAUAUGGCUCCGUGGACUGCUGGAGGAAAUCUUAGGGCAUCAAGUUGGACCAGUUGUACUUCAUGUGGAUAACAAGUCUGCUAUUGAGUUAAUGAAGAACCCUGUUCUACAUGGAAGAAGCAAGCAUAUAGAUGUACGGUUUCAUUUUAUCCGUGAAUGCAUCGAACGAGGUAAGCUGGUAGUUAAACACGUAGUUACACAGGAGCAGCGAGCAGACAUCUUAACUAAGGCACUGCGAAGAAUUAAGUUUGAAGAAAUGAGGAAGAUGAUCGGUGUUGAAAAUCUCACUGCUGUUACAUCAAGUUCGUAG